CCAAGAGCCCAAACUGGCCUGUCCGCACCAGCAGGGAGUGAGUCUGGGUUUUCUCUCUGCAGAGUUUAUAGAGAGGCAGCAUGCAAAGAGCAGGUAUUACUACUACCACCGGGAGUUCCGCCGCGUGCCGGACGUCACCGAGUGCCAGGAGGAAGACGUCUUGUGCAUGUUUGAAGCAGAAAUGCAGUGGAGAAGAGAUUACAAAGUCGAUCAAGAAAUUGUCAACAUCAUCCAGGAAAGGCUGAAGGCCUGUCAGCAGAGGGAAGGCGAGAGCUACAAGCAGAACUGUGCCGACGAAGUGGAGCAGUUUACCCAGGUGGCCAAGGCUUACCAGGACCGCUAUCACGACCUGGGUGCCCACUAUUCUGCCAGGAAGUGCCUGGCAAAACAGAAGCAGAGGAUGCUGGCAGAGAGAAAAGCUGCUAAAGAGGCAGCUGCUGCCUGAGCUGGCUGAAGCUCCCACAUACUGUCACUAUUACAAAAAUAAAGAGUCAUGAAAGCUGUU